GAUAAGUUGUGCUGUUUUUCUUGUUUAAUAAGUUGUUGAAAUUAAAUUUUUGACUUCAUUAUGUAUGUGUAAUUCUUCUAGGAUUGCGUUGAUAUAAGUAAUUGCUGUUAUUGUCUAAAAUAGAUCCUCUGAUAUCAUUAUGAAUACGAUUAUUAUCUAAUACAUGUCUAGCAAAAUUUGAUUUGGGUAUCAAUGAUAGCAUUAUUAACUGUCACAUUAUGUGUAGCUGAACAACAACAUUUAAACUCCAAUGUUCCACUUGACCCACUGUCGAUUAACGAUUUGGCUAAAAAGCCUUCAGCAAAAUUGGAUCCUAAGUUGCGAAAAGCUCUUCUUAAAGUUCUCACAAGACUCGACGAAGAAGAUAAACAAGUGGGGGGAAUUGAACAGAGUGGAAAUCAACAACAGCAAAUAACAUUAAAUAAUACACCAGUUUCUACUUCUCUUUUAUCUUCAAUAGCACCAAAUAAUUCAAAAGAAAUUAUUACUUUGUUACCACCUCCUAGUGCUCAACCCGAUGAUACCAAAGUUAAUAACAAUAAAUUUAUCGAAAAAUUACCUACUAAUGUUUCGGGAUCUCAAAUAGAUUUUUUCCAAGUACCUUUGUUGGCUGCUUUUACAUUACAAGAUUUCAAUGGAAUACCUAGGAGUGCUAUACCCAUUUAUACAGAGUUAGAACAAUUAGAACGACAGAAUAUUCAAUUUCUUAAAACCAAAAAAGAAGCGAGAGGAAAAGAAAAUAGUAUAGAUAACGAAGCAAAUAAUUUUUUUCAACAUAAUCAGCAGACUGGUAAACUACUUUUGCCUACUGUUAAUUUACCACAAAAUAUAAAUUAUCAACAACAACUAACAUUUCAACAAUUUCAAGAACAACAAGCGCAGUCUAGACCGCGAUUUGUUGAACCUCGUCCGACUCAACAAUCUAUACAACAGCAACAUAUCCAACCACAAUCAGUUCAAAAUAAUAUUAUACAACCACAAAAAUUCGAGCAACACAUUUUACGACCUAAUCAACAACAGGCUUUUCAAAAUCAGAUGAUUCAAUCAGAUCAAAAUCAAUUGCAAUUUAAUCAACAGCAAACUGUUCAAUAUCAGUUCUCUCAACCUCAAAAUAACCAAAUAGAAUUAUAUAGGCAACAAUUUGUUCAACCAAAUGCACUCAAAAACCAAUUUUCUCAUGUACAAAUAAUCCCAUCGCAACAAUAUAAACAUUUUCAACAAUGGUUACAGCCUCAACAAAUUCAAUCAAUUCCAUUCGAUCAGCAACAGUUAUUUCAACAAAGACAGACAGAGUUUAGACCAGAACAUUUUACACAACAAAUUCGAGUGCUGAGGCAACCUCAGGAAGAGUUCGAAUACAGAGUAACCGUACCAAAAUUACCAGAUGACUUAAAUGUAGUUUAUAAAGUAUUAGCUUUAAAUCAUGAACAUAGAAUUCUUUAAUAAAUUUUAAGGCCGAAUGAAAUGAUUUACAACAUCUAUAUUAUAUGUUAUUUAAUAUAAAUAUAUAUAAGUAUGUCUAUUAUUUUAUAGUUACUGUUUAACUUUAAAUAUUUUUACUGUUCAUAAAUAUAUUUUAACAUUGAAAA